AUGAUGUCCACCGUUGGGCGCCAUAUAUUAGCUGCUCAGCCGCUCCGCAGGGGGUCCGUAGUCAUGACCCGGCCAGUUCCACAGUUGAAAACACUGAGGAAGCUGAGCAAAUAUCAAAACACCAUUGGCGUGGUGGACAAGUGUAGCCUUGAACAACUCUCCGCAUUCUGGGACUCGGCAGAUGAGUCCAAGCAUGCCCGAGAGCGGGGGCUGAAUGCACAUCUGGCGUUCCUGGAGAAGUUUUACAUGAAGGCGGCGCAGCGCUUGGGGAACGCGGGGAAGUUCACGAAGAAGGGCAUCAGCAUCGGUGAGUGCAAGUUGUUCACCGUCCUCCACUGCCUGGUUGCUCCAUUCAAGUAUAGGAGCGAUCGGACGCUACGAACGGAGCAAAGGGCAUCGCUACGAACGGAGCGAUCGGACGCUACGGUGAUGAUCAAGCCGACGGUGCUGGAGCACUUUCAAGGUCUCAGUACUUUUUACAAUCGCUUCAAGUCCCUGGAGAAGACCCAGGACAUUCUGCAGAACGGCGGGCGCUUCCCUGGGCCGUUCAAGCAGUACUUCAUCGCUUAG